AUUUUACAACAUAAACGCGAGAAAUUGCUUUAAUGAGCGGCGGAGCGCAGUUUUAACACGUCUGGAACGUCUCUCGCCGUGAUUUACUUUUUAUUAUUUAUUAGUUGCGAUUUAUUUAAUUUUUUUUUUUGCAGGGACCCGAAAGCUGGAGAGCGGGGUGGCCGCUCCACCUGCGAGCUGCUAUCGCUUCUCCUGCCCCCGUCUCCAGCUGUUCUUUCCCCCUGGAAGGCAGGAAGGCGGGCGGCCAUGUUGUCGGACGGCUCCUAAGUUCGGGGGCGAGGACGCGCACGGGGUGGACGCGCACAGGAACUGGGAGUCAUUUUCGCCUUUUGUUGUGCGGGCUCAGCUUUUCUCCCCCAUGCCGGGCUAUUGUUAGUGGCGCUCUUAUUUCGUUGACAUUUUUGUUUCCAUUGUGUAGCCCGCCCCGGGCCGGUGCUCUUCAUCGGCCCACUUUGUGCGCCCCGGCGCGGUGUUUUGUUCUACCGGACUUCGCCGACAUGGCAGAGACUGUGAUUCCAAGUUGGAAAUAACGACCGCGGCGCCACCAGCUUACCGAGGCCGAGAAGUAGUACCGCCGCGUGAGGGGAGAGAGAGCAGCAGGCGCGCAGGAGGGAGCGGCGCGUGCAGCUGAGGACGGGGGUCUUCCACAGACGCGAAGAUGGGCUGCAUCAAGAGCAAGGAGGACAAGGGGCCGGCGAUGAAGUACAGACCAGAGAACACGGCGGACUCGGUGAGCGGCCACGUGGGCCACUAUGGACCCGAGCCCACGCAGCUGGACCCGACUCCAGCAGUGGGCUACAACAGCCACUCGGUCACGCCCUUCGGGGGCUCCUCCAUCAUAGCACCUUUCGGCGGGGCAUCAUCCUCCUUUUCCGCAUCGGCGACCAGCACGUUCCCAGGCUCCGUCUCAGGUGGGGUUACGUUUUUCGUGGCCUUGUAUGACUAUGAAGCCAGAACAUCUGAUGACCUCUCGUUCAAAAAAGGGGACAGGUUUCAGAUCAUUAACAACACGGAGGGGGACUGGUGGGAAGCUCGUUCCAUCAACACGGGGAAGAAAGGAUACAUUCCCAGCAACUACGUGGCCCCCGCGGACUCGAUUCAGGCUGAGGAAUGGUACUUUGGUAAAAUGGGACGCAAGGAUGCUGAGCGGCUUCUCCUGAACCCCGGGAACCAUCGAGGCACCUACCUGGUUCGAGAAAGUGAAACUACUAAGGGCGCCUACUCCCUGUCUAUCCGGGACUGGGACGACGCAAAGGGAGACAAUGUGAAGCACUACAAAAUUCGGAAACUUGACAACGGCGGCUAUUACAUCACGACGCGGGCGCAGUUUGAGACGCUGCAGAAGCUGGUGAAACACUACACAGAGCAUGCCGAUGGCCUGUGCUACCGGCUCACUGCCGUGUGCCCCACUGUGAAGCCGCAGACGCAGGGCCUGGCCAAGGACGCCUGGGAGAUCCCGCGCGAGUCCCUGCGCCUGGAGGUGAAGCUCGGUCAAGGCUGCUUCGGAGAGGUCUGGAUGGGCACCUGGAACGGGACCACCAAGGUGGCCAUCAAGACGCUGAAGCCAGGCACCAUGUCGCCUGAAGCCUUCCUGCAAGAGGCGCAGAUCAUGAAAAAGCUUCGCCACGACAAGCUGGUGCCGCUGUAUGCCGUGGUGUCCGAGGAGCCCAUCUACAUCGUCACGGAGUACAUGGCCAAAGGAAGUUUGUUGGAUUUCCUGAAGGAAGGAGACGGCAAGUUCCUAAAACUGCCCCAGCUUGUUGAUAUGGCUGCUCAGAUAGCGGAUGGAAUGGCCUUCAUCGAGCGCAUGAACUACAUCCACAGAGACCUGCGGGCAGCCAACAUCCUCGUCGGCGACAACCUGGUGUGCAAGAUUGCCGACUUCGGCCUGGCCCGCCUCAUAGAGGACAAUGAAUACACCGCGAGACAAGGAGCCAAGUUCCCCAUCAAGUGGACGGCACCCGAAGCCGCCCUGUACGGCCGCUUCACCAUCAAAUCGGACGUGUGGUCCUUUGGCAUCCUGUUGACGGAGCUGGUCACCAAGGGCCGGGUGCCCUAUCCAGGCAUGGUGAACCGCGAGGUGCUGGAGCAGGUGGAGCGGGGUUACCGCAUGCCCUGCCCCCAGGGUUGCCCCGAGUCGCUCCACGAGAUGAUGAAGCAAAUGUGGAAGAAGGACCCAGAUGAGCGGCCUACCUUCGAGUACAUCCAGUCCUUCCUGGAGGAUUACUUCACGGCCACGGAGCCGCAGUACCAGCCGGGAGACAACUUGUAGAGCCACGACCCCCGCUGCGUGCCGUCCCGCCGCCUCCUCGCCUCGCCCCGGGCCGUUCAGGAAAGGCGCGCUCUGAGAGACGAACAGGGACAGGGGCGCAGCGGCCGGACAACCCGAGAGCGUCAAGCCACAAGUCGUGGGCUGUGAAAAGGCAAACUGGAAACUUGACUGGUGCACAAACCACUGCUCUUUUUUCAUUUCAUAGACCUUUCGAUUUCAUUAGUUUAAUUUUCAGUUUAAUUUCCCAGUUAUAUGUGUCAUGUCGCUAAUCCCGGACACAUCGCCAACGGUUAUUUCAAGUAGACGUUCUUCGUUCGAUGGACAAUUUUAUUAUUUUUUUUCCUUUUUGUUUUUACCUUGGCUCAACUGUACAUUUCAAAGUGACCAAUUUUAGUGUAUAAUGUUUAAAUCCUGUAAAAUCACGAACGUGUUGCUCCGUACUGUGAACUGACCGAGAGGGCAGCUGCGUGAAGCUGUUCAGAAUGCGCAUUAAGAUGCUGAUUAAGUAAAAGGUGCAGCGAGGAACUGGGGAAGAGAGAAUAAAAGCAGUGCUUUUGGCACA